ACGCCCACUGGACUGAUGACGCCAUUACGCAUCGUUUCCCAAGCAAACAAUCGUCAGGAAAAAGCCACGUUGACGACUCCAGACCAGAGAACCGUCCCAAAUUUGGGCCAGAAUAAAGCCAGAAGCGGCUUCUGGAAGCCGUAAAAGUCGGCGUCGACGCACCUCGGAGCCUUAAAGAUGUCGUCUCCACCGAAAGAAAAGGUCGAAACCAAAGGAGGACACCCCCCCGCAGUGAAAGCCGGAGGUAUGAGGAUAGUGCAGAAGCACCAACCGACUGCUUCCCCUGAGCCGCCCCAGAGAGAUGACGACGAGGAGGAGUAUGUGAGCAGCCGUCCACCCAAGGUCCCAGUGAUUGUGUCUGGAGUGGUUACAAAGGGCGAUAAGGACUUCACCCCGGCUGCUGCCCAGGUGGCGCACCAGAAGCCCCAGCCGUCCGUCCCCAAGCUGCACCCCCCUAAGAACAUCAACCAGCCCAUCCAUCAACCGCGCUAGUGAGCCAGGACGUUUGCUACGCCGCGGCUACGCUAACUCCACCAGCCGGCCUUUCCAAUUGAACACAAUAUUUACUCCGCUAGGUUACACGUGUCCUUUGGUCGAUCAGUCUUUAGUCUUUUACUGUAAUUUGUCUGCAACAGUAUGGUGAUGAUAGAAACCCCUCGGUGCUGCACUUUUAUCCCCUCUCCCGAUUAGGGGGGGUCUUCAAUUGAUAAUUCGUCACAUAAAGACAGCCCGUUUAGUUUGUCGUAUAUUUAGCUUUAGCUUGUCCUGUCCUUCAUUCGCAAUCUUAUCAACAUAAUAUGCAUAUUCACUCUGCUUUUAGGAGAAAAUCCAGCAGUGCCUGUUAGCAUCUAGUACCGUCAACACCUUUUUUAUUAAAAAAAAAAAUCACCGUAAUGUUUCAGCAGCUAAUAAGCCAAAUCCUUUGCACCGUAUUCUUCAAAAAGCAACAGGUGGCGUGUUUUUAGCAUUCAUACAAGCUUUAACAUAGCAGGGUCUACCAUUCAAAAAGAAUGAGAAUAUGAAUGAGAAAAAUCCAAAAGAAACAUUCCAUUAUUAUUCUUAUUAUUAUUAUGAUUCCAGACCGAAACAUAUCAAACACACACAAACACCCCUUUUUGCACUCAUUAUUUGCAGCGCUAAUAUUCAGGAAAGACUCGACUUUGCCAAGAAUUAGGAAAAUGGUUUCCUUUUUUUUGUUCAUUUAAAAGAGUUUUAUCUUUACUGUCUUUCUCAUUUCUUGUUGAGUUCAAUUGUUUCAACUGGAGUUUGGUAUUGGGUGUGGUUGUCAUAGAAAAUAAAGAUACAGAUUGGCUGUC